AUGCCGGGCACUAUGGAGAAGAAGAUGGUCGAUCGCAAAGCUGUCAUCAAGAAUGCGGACAUGACCGAAGACAUGCAGCAGGAUGCUAUUGACUGCGCAACACAAGCCCUUGAGAAGUACAACAUUGAGAAAGAUAUUGCUGCUUAUAUCAAAAAGGAAUUCGACAAAAAGUACAACCCUACAUGGCAUUGCAUUGUUGGAAGGAACUUUGGAUCAUACGUGACGCAUGAAACAAAGCACUUUAUCUACUUCUACUUGGGUCAAGUAGCCAUUCUCCUUUUCAAUUGA